AUGGCUGUCCCGGAGCCCCCUGUGAAAUUGGAGGGCCACUGUUCCGUCAUUCAUAACAACACCCUGUACACCUACUCCGCCAAUGGAUUCGCAGCCAUCCCCCUUGAGCGCAAUGGCAAUGGAACCUGGCGGAAACUGCCCAUGGGAGAGCCGGUCUCCGACGCGGUAUGUGUGACGGGCACGAUGGAUGGGAAGGACGACCAACAUGCACUCUACGUGAUCGGAGGCUCGAGCAACGACGAGAACGCCCCAGGACUACAGCGAUAUGCCUUUGAAUCCCGUGAAUGGACGACCAUGCAAACGCAACACCAGAUGGAAAACCGCACGUCGCACACCGCCGUGUUCCUCAAAUCGCCCCCCGUUCUGUUGGUCUACGCGGGGAACCAAAGGGACCGCGAGAUGGCGUCCUCGGAUACCUUCACUAUCAACACCGCCCCUCCGUACAACAUCUCCUCCUAUAGCGCCAAGAUUCCCGCCAUAUCGCCCGUGCUACUUCCCUGGAGCGACAGCGAAGCGGCCCUCGUGGGCGGUCGGACCGCCGAGAAAGAAGUCCAUCUCUUCACGGCUGCGGGCGGCUGGGCUUCCUCCCAGGUUUCCCUCGCGCAGCCGGUGUCCGGGGAUGUCCGCUGUGCCAUUGUCAACGGAGACGAUGGAAGCAAAGCACUCGAGAUAUUCAACAUGAAAGUCUCGCCCAACACGGUCAGUAGCAUCGCACUGCUCAAUCGCGGCGGAAUCCCGGCGCCGCCCGGUACGCUGCUAGGAGAGUCGUCUUCGAGGAAAAGGAAGAGACGCGAAAUAUCUCUCGACAACUACCCAGCUUACGACGGUGCGCUCGCAUCAUCCACCACAAGGUCGGACUACUCUCUCGCGCAAGGGGACAACGGCCUGGUUGUCAUCUCCAGCGAUAGCGGAACCGACUCCCUGGCCAUUUUCAACCAGACGUCCAAUAGCUGGGUCAAUGCGACCAAGCUCUUCUACGGGGAUGACUCGCCGCAGCAGAUUCUCCCUUCCAUUGCGACAACACCGUCCGCGACGCCCUCCACAACCACAAGUGCCACGGCAAGUGCCAGCGCGAGCAGCGCGGCCAGUGGUGAAACCUCGGGUAACCGAGUCGGCACCAUCCUUGGCGCCACGCUGGGAAGUCUAGUCGGCGUCAUCUUAAUCUUGAUCUUAAUUCUCUUUUUCCUGCAUCGCACGAAACUGGGCCGCAAGCGGGCCGGUCCGGGGGCCGCCGGCCAUGGCGGCAGUCCCAACGACAAGGACCGCUUGAGUUUCCAGGACCAGGGCAUGGAACCCCUCACGCGAUCGGCGUACCCGAUGGCCAAGGACCCUGCCCCGUUGGCAGCCACCUCGGUGGACUCCCUCGCCAUCUUCUCCGGCAAGAUGGCUGAUGAGAAGUCGGGCCACGCGCCCAAGCCGACGCCACUGAAGCCCACCCCCCUGGUGGCCGUCCAGUCCACCGGUGAGCGGACACCUUCCAGCACCUACUCGUUUGGCGUGGACGGAAAGGCAGUCGAGGCGCAAGAUAUGGUCGGGAAUAAUGCACCUCGGGACCGAGCGGCAGAGGAAGGGUGGGGCAGAUACUUCCAGGACGACGGCACCACCAUUGCCGCCAACAGUCCAGUGUUCCCACCGCCCAUGGGAGCUCGAUCCAAAGCCGAAGACCGCACGAGUGCCUGGCCCGGUCCCCACACUCUUCCCCCGCUCAAUCUUGGCUUCCUGGAGGAACCAAAACCGCUGGGUCGUGUAGUCACCGGCAGCCCGACGACGGAGAAUGGGUCGCCCAGUGGGUCAAUGCUGCGGCGCGCCGAGUCGCAAUCUGCCCGCAUCUCGAGCGCCAGCUCCAUCAGUGCCACAUCUGAGCAUGACUACGGCCACCAUCAGGACCGUUCCUACGGCUUCGCCAACGACACCGACUCUGGCCGUCACGACGGAGUCUCGACCACCAGCGUGCCCCCUCCAGACCCGAGCUGGCGCGGCGCGGCGCAGCACAGCUGGAUCGGCCGUCCGCCGAGCAGUGCAUACAGCCGCAGCUUCUACGACCAUGGCGACCGCGGCGCCAGCACGAUCAACACGCGCGGCUCCAGCGUCCUGAUCCCAGAUCCGCUCGCGCCCAUGCCGCCGACGAACCAACGCAAGAAUCUGAAUUCGGAUCUGAGCUGGCUGAACCUGAACGCAGACAAAUAG